AUGACCUCAAUUCCCCUAAUAUCCUUAACUACACUCACACCCUUCGUUCUCUUGAUAUGCGCUACGAUUCUCCUGUUUCUGGCGUUGUAUACUAGGCGUGCGAUGCUUGCUCGAAGAGACCGGACCACUUUACCCCCAGGUCCUACCGGACUACCUAUCCUAGGUUUAUACCCGUUCCUAACAAGAAACCUAAUUCUUCAGAUUGACAGUUGGGCCAAGAAGUACGGACCGCUUUACUCCCUCAAGGUCGGAAACCAACUAUUCAUGAUCGUUUCCGACCCGUUGAUCGUCAAGGAUCUCAUGGUCACCAACGGAGCUAUCUUCUCGUCCAGAAGAGACGUGUAUCUGAGAUCACGAACGAUCUUGGCGAAUCGAGGUAUAACCGCGUCUCAAUACGGGCCUGAAUGGAGGAAACACCGACGUCUUGCCAAUACCGUUCUCAAUACCCGCUCUGUUGAUCAGGGGGUUCAUCGGAUUGAGGUGGAGGCAAAUAGGAUGAUCAAGGAACUGAUGGUGCUCGGACAAGGAGGUUUGUGUGCUGUCAACCCACAACCAUAUGCCGGUCGAUACAGCCUCAACAACAUGCUUGAAAUUACGUUUGGCACACAUACCGAGACGAUAAACGACCCGUUCGUGGAGAAAGCGUUUUGGCUUUCCAAGGAGUUCAUGAUGUGCUCCGGCAUCAUGGCGAACUUGUCGGAUUUUGUUAGUAUUCUGCAACAUGUGCCCAACUACAUGUAUUCACGUUGCAAUGCUCUGCAUCGGGAGCUGGUUCUGACAUAUGGGGGAAUGGUAAAAGAUAUGGAAAGGAAGACCCAGAGGGGAGAACCUGUUCCCGAGUGUCUUGCCAAGACUCUUAUUCAAGUGAGGGAGCAGGAAGGCCUUGACGACCUCGACAUUCAUAUGUUAGUUUCGGCGUUUCUGCUUGGUGGACUUGAUUCGACAGCAUCUAUCAUCAGAUGUUUCUUUGCGCUCAUGGUGGUGCAUCCGGAUAUUCAACGGCGCGCCCAAGACGAGCUCGAUAGUGUGGUGGGAAGGAGCAGGUUACCUGUUAUUAAGGAUGCGAACGACCUACGCUACGUUCAAGCUAUCAUCAAGGAGAUAGAACGCUGCCAUAAUCCGUUUUGGCUCUGCACGCCCCACGCCAGUAACCAGGACUUUACAUACCGCGGAUAUUUCAUUCCAAAGGGUACGGCUCUCGUUUUAAAUACGUAUGCGAUGCAACAUGAUCCAAAGAGAUAUCCGGAGCCUUUUCGUUUUAGCCCCGAACGUUAUCUUGAAUCUCCGGGACGGGUGGAUUCAACUUAUAAGACCAUAGGGGAUAAAGAUAACUGGAUCUUCGGAGUUGGUCGUCGUAUAUGUCCAGGCAUUCGAUUAGCAGACCACGAAAUCUUCCUAGCAAUCUCGCGGAUGCUAUGGGCUUUCAAAAUGGAGGAGGUACCUCAGAGCCCAAUCGAUAUCGAGGCAUACAGUGAUCCUUCGAAAGGUAAUCCUCAAGAAAUAUACAUCAAGAUGGUGCCGCGGCAUAAGAAAGUCGCCGACAUUAUCGAUGGAGCUGUAGUAUAA